AUGGCACCGAACGGUUACAGGAAGAUCUCCUCCACUGGUGAAUCUGCCGAGAAAGUUGGUUUUGUCUCUUUCCUUUGUUUGCAAUGGAUGAACGAUGUCAUGAAGACAGGCAGUAAACGAACCUUAGAGGAAGAAGACUUUGUACCACUCUCAAACGACAACACCUCACAGUCAGCCACAGAACUUCUUGACAAAAAAUGGAAAGAGGAAAUAGCUAAUUCCAUUAGGAAGAAGAAAAGACCGAAGUUGUGGAAAAGUGUUUUGAAGAUGAUUUCCCUCAGGGAAGCUGUUUUUCUUGUUUGCUGUGAUGUCUUGUACGCAAUCGGCUCCCUCCUUUCACCAUUGCUCAUUGGAUAUCUGAUUUUUAUGUUAAUGUCACCUGAAACACAUCAGAACAACAUCCUUCAUGGUUGCGUGUUAGCAACUGCCAUGACUGUAACCACUUUGGUCGGGACCCUCGGCGUGCAACAUAACUCUUACGCGGGUGAAUUAAUGGGCAUCAGACUGAGUAACGCAGUGAAAGGUCUCGUUUACAGAAAGGUGAGCACAAGAAGGGUAACUGACUCGUCCCCAGCGUUCCCGAUAAUCUGCGCGCCGUUUACUUUUUCCCAUCCCGCUGGACUUGCCCUUGUUAGUUACCGACACUGUCGCUUUGAAGAAUAUUGGAAACGAGUCAGGGUAGGGUUGGGUUAGGUAUGGGGAAUGGGCGCAAUCUUCGUUAAUUCUCUCGACACUUUUUCCUUCGCUUUUCGAUACACUUUUGUUAUUAAGCCUAAAUUAUGGUGUAGUCAGAGAACGUUUUUAAUGAAGUGUCUAAGUAGGUAAUCUAGGAGUGCAUUCCGUCUUUUCUCGGCAACACUGUGUAUUCGCAAGCUGGUAUUACAUAUUAACCAGCAUCUGAAAUGAUUAUGCCCAAGCUGAAGCUUCUAUGAAUCUAUGAAUCUUCUAUCUUCCUUGGAGAUGAGUAGAACUUGGUAAUCACUUCCGAACUAACCAAUCAGCGCACUCGAAUUGCACUAUCCACCUGAGUGGUAUACACUAAUCAUCUUUAAUAUAUACUAAAACAGUGUAUAGCGUUGAAGGCGUGCGCUGAUUGGCUUUUUCGCCCGAAAAUAAAGUAAUCGUUGCGAGAAAAAAUGAGUUGAAAUCAUCUUUUUGUGUCUUUUUCUCUGACUGUUUUAGUACAUCCUAAAGCACUUACUCGGUGGCCAUCGGUGGGUAUUCACCUCGCCACUUUGCAGCUGGGUAAAUACCCACCACUUGCCACCUUUACAUUGGCAAAUAAUAGUUAAUGAUUCUGGUUACUUUCUGCACUAAACAUGGGUUUUCCUUUUCAAGAAGUCAAUUCUAGUAUUGAUAUUGUUUCAUUCUCAGAUCUUACUGCUUAGCAAGAGCUCAUUGUCAAAGUUUUCAUCAGGGCGUGUGAUUGACUUGCUAUCAAAUGAUGUUCAGCGGAUGGAGACAGCACCUAAAUGUAUUCUAACAAUGAACUCAGCCAUACUCCAAAUCGUGCCUGCAACGCUUAUAAUCGCGUAUCUGAUUGGCUGGCAGGCUCUUAUGGGAGAGAUAUUUCUCUGCCUUCUUUUACCGUAUUACGCAGAGAUGUCUUCUCUCAAUGCCGUACUGCGUCUGCGUUCAGCGGCGGAAUCUGAUCGGCGAAUUUCCUUGACGAACCAAGUGGUUUCUGGGAUACGUGCUAUCAAAGCGCAUGCGUGGGAGGAUGAAUUCAGAGAAAAAAUAAAAUAUACACGAAAGUAAGAGAAAUUUAAAAGCCUACUUAAUUUUUCAGGUAACCGCAGAACAUCUUCGCACCCAUACCUUUGGGUGAACGAAGUGAUAGUAUAAUUAAUUAACCAAUUUAACAUUUAUGAGUGGCGAGGGCGGCUGUGAGGGAGGUUGGAAUUCAUAUUUAGGAAUCUCUUGUAACCAUGACGAAGUACUGUUUAUUGCACUUUGCUUAUUGUAAAAUGUGUUCAGUUUUCAGAGAGUUUUUGGGUGUAAUAAACGAUACGUAUCUUCUCAACCACUGCAGAGUGAAGAGUGCAGAGUUUCUGAUCAGUACCUUCAGUUUCUCAAAAAUAAUAAUAAUAAUAAUUUUAUUUAUACUUCAAAAAUUGAUCAGCUUGAUUUAAAUAUAAAGUCAGCUGGUAUAAACCUAUGUGCAGUUGUUAAACCAUUUCAAAUUAGUGUAGCAAUAAAAAACUAUUAAAAACUAAAAGGUAAGAUUUGGUUACAAAAAUAACAGCUAAUAUAUAUAUAAAUAGAGAAAAACUCUAUGUUACAUUUGUGCUGUAUUCUGUCUUGCUCUAACAAAUAAUGAAAUGUCUUUGACUUACGAGUUCUUAAAUUUAAGUCUUUAGCUUGCAAUUCUUUAGGUAAAUUGUUCCGUUCUUUUCCAGCUGCAAAUUUGAAUGUAGACUGGCCCAUUGUAGAUUUUACUUUAGGCAAGUGAGUUUCUCGGGUAUCUCUUAAGGACCUGCCGCAAAGUUCUUAUCUGAAAUUCACAUAACUCUGAAGUUGCGUGGGACAACGGUAGUUAUUAACAAUUUUAAACACUAGCUGAAGACGCAUAUAUCGUCGCCUGCUGGAUAACGUAAGAAGUCCUAAUUUGUCUCUCAUCCUUUGAGUACAAGUCAGAUGGUUUGUCUUAAGAUUAUUCUCAAAGCUUUAUUCUGUAGCCGUUCUAAAACAAAGGGAAAUCCUCCUAGUGCAGGAUCCCGUAUGUUAAAACCGCAAACUAAAAAAGACGAAAAUCUGUUUAACAAUUUAAGUUUAGGGUAGACUCUGGACGCGACGUAAGACAUGUGACUGUUCCAAGAUAACGAUUCAUCUACUACCACACCAAGGUACUUAAAAGAUCUCUCCUGGUUUAUAUGAUAAAUAAUAAGAAUAAUUGAUAAUCUUUUUGUUUCUUUCAGACGAGAAAUAAGCAUCAUCCGUACGAAAAGUGCCAUUUUUUCAAGUUUGGCUGCCUUGGAGUAUACUUCAAUACCAAUCCUGCUGUCUGUUAUUACUCUGCUGCUUACUGGUCAACCCCUAACACCAUUCAAUGUUUUUAUGCUCUUAAUGUUUAUUAACCUGCUAAAACUUACUAUUUGCCUUGACAUUGCGUAUGGUGUGGUGGAGACACGGGAAUCAUUUGCAUCACUCGUAAGAAUAGAAGAUUUUCUUAUUUCAGAGGAUUUGUUUUCCAUCUCUGAGGAUCAUUGUAUACAAGACAGAGGAACAGUUGCAGAGAGAAAGUGGGGCAAGUUACAAAACGAUUCUACAUCUAUAAGCCGGUCGUAUGUAUCAGAUGAAGAUCCCCUUACUGAUCAGUGGAUAAACCCUUCCAAGCCAGGAACUUUAUGUGUGUCACAUUUAACAUAUAAAGAAAUGGUGAGGAAAGAUGAAUUUAUCCUUCAAGAUGUGGACUUCGUUGCUGCAUCAGGAAGCUUGACAGUCGUCACCGGACCAGUAGGCAGCGGUAAAUCCACUCUCCUCUCAGCGAUCGCUGGCGAGAUGCCAGACGUAAGCGGAACAAUAGGCCGUAAAGGAACUUUUGUGUAUGUACCGCAAAUAGCCUGGGUGUUCUCUGGAACCUUAAGAGAAAAUAUUUUAUUUGGAGAGUCGUACGAGGAACCAAGAUACACCAGAAUAAUCGAGGCAUGCGCCCUCACGGAAGACUUUCAGCGGUUCCCGAACGGUGACCAAACCGUUGUUGGUGAGCGCGGUGCCGUUCUGAGUGGUGGUCAGCGUGCAAGAGUAAGCUUAGCACGCGCAGUGUACAUGAAUGCAGACCUUUACUUGUUGGAUGACCCUCUCAGUGCGGUGGACUUCAAAGUUGGUCGGCAUAUCUUUGAAAAGUGUAUCAAGGGUUUGCUUGGUGAGAAGACCCGCCUGUUAACUUCUCAUCAAGAACAACAUAUGAAAGAUGCAGACCAAGUGAUUGUACUGCACAAAGGUCGCGUUCUGGGGAAGGGAACCUUCGCUAAGCUUCAGAGAAAAAGCAUCUUAAAUACGACCAUCGACCCACUUUACAAGAAUGCUUUGACAGUGAACAAGUCCAAUAACAUGGUCACUACAACGAAGGAUGAAGAAGGAUGCGGAGAUUUGGAGCCACUUAGAAAUAAAGACAAUGAACUGGAAAUAUCCGUUGAAGAUCGGGCAAUCGGAACGGUGUCAAGUAAGCUGUAUUGGGACUACUUCAGAAGUAGUAUUCACUCCUUAUUCAUCAUUGGAAUGAUUUUCUUGUGUCUUAUUUCUCAAGGUGAGCACUAAAGAAUUAUAAAAGUGGCAAAAACUUAGCCAUUGUUUGGUGCUGUCGAGAAACAUUUUCUCUCGGGGCGAACCAGCAAGCAAGCAACCAAGUCAGAAACUCCAACCCAGUUUCUCUUUGUCUGGGAGGAGCAAGAGGAAACUGGGACUGACGGAAAAAGGCGUGCAAAGGGUGACAGGAAAUUCAUGUUAAGACUAACAACCAAUCCACCAUUUAUAAGAGAGGUGGACGCGUUUUAAUCCUCAGUUUAAAAUUGUUUAUUUCAUCUGAUUUAGACUGUUACGCAGAUUAUGAAGAAAAUUAUCUCACUUUCGCCUAUUUUUAUUAUUCACCAUUUUUUUCGCCCUUUUUCAGCAUCGAUAGUUGCCCCUGACGUGUGGCUGUCCUUUUUGACCGGGAAACUUCCAUCAGAACAGAAAGACAAGACAAAUCUAACUAUCUACGGUGGUUUGGUCGCUGCUUCCUUCAUAUUAAGCAUCAUCAGGGCCUACAUUUUCUUUUUGGCAUGUCUAAGAAGCUCUGAGCGGCUUCAUGACAAAAUGGUUAUGGCUCUUUUAAAAGCGCCGGUUCUUUUUUUCGAUUCAAAUCCCGUGGGUAGAAUCCUGAAUCGAUUCUCUAAAGACGUGGGUAGCAUGGAUGAGUUAUUACCAUUACAGUUUCUAUCUACAAUUCAACUGGUAUUGCUGUUGCUCUCAUCAGUGAUCGUUCCUUCUGCUACAAAUCCUUGGGUUUUGUUUGUCACUGUUCCAGUGACGGCCAUGAUUCUUUACUUCGCAAGAUUUUACUUGAAGAGUUCCAGAGAACUAAAAAGGUUGGAGUCAAUAUGUCGAAGCCCAAUCUUCUCUCACAUAUCAGAAACUCUCGAUGGACUGGACACAAUUCGAACAAGAGGUAGACAGAGAGAUUUUAUGCACAAGUUUUACAAGUAAGUUCGAGCAACUCUUCAAGUGAGCUUGAAAGGUAAAAUCUCAAACUCAAUUCAGGCUCGGUCCGCUAAACGCUCAUAGUGCAGGGUUUGUGUUUGGCAUCCUGGAUCAUCAUCUGUAAAAAGAAAUCUCUUCUGUUGCCCCUUCCCCAUCCUUCCACCUUCCACCAUACCCUUCCACCAUACCCUUCCAUCUCCCCGCCCCACCUUCCCCUUCCAACGCUUUGAAAACUGUAGAGAUUGGGGCAGUGGAUCUAAAAUUUGGUGUUCGGUCCCAGCUUCAAAUUAGCCCCUCUACCUGAUAACUUUUUUUCAUUGACGGUCCAAAUGUUUUUUCUUUUCUAAUUUACAUUUUGUAUACCAAAUCUAAAAAUUUGUUUCCUUCAUCAUGGUGAUGGCACCCUCUACGCAACGCCUAAGAAACUUGGUGCGCAGACUGACAUUUGAACUGGAGAUGAUUUACGUUGAUGUAUUUUCUUUCCCGUUGGACAGCUACAAAGACACUCAUACCCAGUCGUUCAUGAUAGUAAUGCGGCAAUCUCCUUACCCCCACCCCCAAAGCUUAUAGAAUUUGAGUGAAAAAAUAUUUGGACUCGAGAUGGCGUACGCUGAUUUAUUUUCUUUCCCCAUGGACAGCUACCAAGACACUCAUACCCAGUCUUUUGUCAUGGUGACGGCAAGUGGCAGAUGGUUCGGUAUUCGUCUGGAUGCAAUCAUUUCUCUUUUAAUAGGCUUAGUCGUCUUAGUGGCAGUUUUAGUAUCUCAAGACGCCGGUAUGUAGAGUUUUAUCCAAAAUAAUUGCACCAUUUCAUGCUCACGUACACCCAAAAGCUAUGAUAUUCCAUGUGAUAAAUGAGACUGUGAAAAGAAUCUUUCCGCGCGUAGCUGGGAGACAAAAACAAGUCGUUGUAGCCCAUUUCAUCACUAUCUUCAUGAGGACGAUUGAAACUAGUUUGAUUAUAAAAAAUGUUUUCCAAAGUAAUCCAGCAUGUUACACGAGUAGUGUCGUGGUAACAGGUACCCGCGGCGUGCUGUGUCGUAUCGAGUCGUGCAUCGUUUUGCUGUAAGAGUUUUGGUAAUUUUUUUUGCGUGACUUGAAGGAAAUCAACAGUUAAUUUACGGAUUGUUUUUCUAAUUAGCUUCCGCUGGGCUUUCUCUCACUUACCUCAUUCAAACAGUGGAGCUGACGCAAUACACUGUCAGAAAAUCAUCAGAUGUCGAGAAUUUUAUGACGUCAGUUGAACGAGUUAUGACCUACACCAAGCUUGACUCUGAGCCUGGAUACAAAGUGGACGCACUUCCCCCGGAACACUGGCCACGCGAAGGAAAUAUCACAUUCCGCGAUGUAUCGAUGACGUAUUACCCGGGGGGACCUAAAGCGCUGAGGAACAUAAAUCUUGACAUCAAAGGAGGCUCAAAUAUAGGUAUUGCAGGCCGCACGGGCGCCGGCAAAUCAUCUUUUGCAGCAGCUCUUUUGCGCAUGCCCGACCCUGACGGAGAUAUUCUCGUGGAUGGGGUUCAGAUAAAGAAUAUUAAUCUCCGAGCAGCUCGAGGAUGCAUAUCCGCUCUUGGCCAAAUCCCGGUGCUUUUCAGUGGAUCAUUGAGGACAAAUCUGAAUCUUGUCAACCGCUUCCAAGAUGCGGAUCUGUGGCGAGUCUUAGAGGAUGUGCAACUGAAAGAUUUCGUACAAAGUCUUGAGGGACGAUUGGAUUACGAAUUGUUGGAAAAUGGAGCAAAUGUUAGUGUAGGAGAGCGGCAGUUGAUUUGUUUGGCUCGUGUGCUGUUGCAGCAGAACAAGAUCGUCAUCUUGGAUGAACCCACUGCACACGUGGAUCCAGGCACAGAAGAAAUAAUCUGGAGAGUGGUGCGAGAGAAACUGAAAGACUCCACAGUAAUAACUAUAGCUCACCGUCUGAACACCAUCCGACACUGUGACAAAGUUUUUGUUUUCAAGGAGGGAGGGGUGGUGGAGUGUGGAACAUGUGAAACAUGA